UACAGAUAACUUUCGAUUUGCUAUGAUAUAUGUAUUCUUCUUUAGUCGCUGCAUAAAAAUAGAGACAUCUUCACAGAUCUUGUUAUGUUGAUAGUUGGAGCGCUUCAAUUAUUUUAUUGGUGCAUCUACGGCAAUCAACUGAUGAUUGAGAACGACAAACUAUUGGUCAGUAUUUACGAAUGUGGCUGGGAAAACCAUUUAUCUAGAAAAUAUAAACGACUUAUAUUGAACGGUUUUACACAAGGAUUGACUCCUAUGAAAAUGAACGCUGGGGCCUUUUUUGUCUUUUCUAUGCAAACAUACUUAUCGGUUAUAAAAACUUCGUACUCCUACUUUGCAAUUCUCAUUAAUACCGUGCCUGAUGACGAAUGAGUUUCAAAUAUUAAGUCUCCACCCUCCCGCUAGAUGGCAUAAGUGAUAGAUUCUGCACAGUUUAUCUUACUAUUCUUGUUAUUUCUUCAUUUAUUAACAACAGGU